UAGUAAAAAAUCAAUCGGUAAUCAAAUGAUGAACGACAACAUUAUAAUGGACACCAACGCCAACAACACGAUAACGGCCACAACACCGCCAAUGGUCGGCAAGUUAUCGGCAGCGGCUGAGGCCAUCAUAAACGAUACGCCCGAUACACCACCGCUAUCGACGCAGACAACCGAAACCAUCUACGAAUUGGGCCGACAAUUGGAUUCACCCACUCAUGUAGUGUCCGAACGGGUACAGACAUUGGCCGCACAAAUCUAUACCGAAUUGCAACGAAUCAUUAGCCGAUGUAAUGAAGACGAAGAUGUUGUGGCCGGACUGAUGCCUCUGGUGGUCAAUGUCCUCGAAUCGCUGGAUAUGGCAUCCAUCGAGAAUCAACAAUAUCAGGUGGAACUGGAACUAUGUAAAGACGAUAACGAACAGUUGGUCACUGCAUUUGAAAAGGAAAAGUUAAAUAAGAAAAAAGUCGAACAACGGCUGUUCGAGUUUGAGUUUACCACCGAUGAAGAGAAACAACAUUAUCAGCAAAAAAUCGAUUCGUUAGCCAAUAUUGUCAAAAUGUUGGAACUGAAGGCCAAGAAUUCGGCCGAUCAUUCCUUACGUCUGGAGGAAAAAGAAGCCGAACUAAAGAAAGAAUAUAAUAAAUUACACGAAAGAUAUACAGAAGUAUUGAGAAGUCAUUGCGAACUAAUGGAAAGAGUAAAGAUAUUGAUCGGUACCGAUGAGGGUAUGUCAUCGUUACAACAACAACAACAACAGCCACCGAAUAGUCUACCAAAUUAUAGUAUAAAAUACCAGAAUAACAGACGUCAAGAGUUUGAGAGUAGUGGCGAAGAAUUUAGCGAACAAUUAGCUAAUAAUAGAAGAGACUCGAAUAGUCCGACACCCAUACGGCAGGCCUGGGCUGACCGCGAGCUGACACUCGAUGAACUAAAUCCAUCCAUUAUUGAAGAUGUCGAUGAUUUGGCCAGAGAUCGGGAUAAGGAUCGAGACUAUCCCAGUCUUACAGUGAACGACAAUUUUUUUGGUAUGGAAAAAGAGAUACAAAACUUGAUUACCGAAAAUAACGAAUUAUUGGCCACAAAGAAUGCCCUGAAUAUAGUUAAAGACGAUUUGAUUGCCAAAGUAGAUGAACUACAAAGUGAGCUAACAAUGUGUGCAAAUGAGAUCCAACAGAGAGAUGCUGUCAAAGAACGGCUAAAAUUUCGUAUCAAAGAACUGGAGGAAGAGCUGAAAAAAUGUAAAGAAGAAGCCGAAGAAACCAAACAGAAAUUGUUGGCACAAAAAGAGGAUGACGAAGAAAAUAUACCGAUGGCUCAGAGGAAGCGCUUUACACGGGUAGAGAUGGCCCGGGUUUUGAUGGAACGAAAUCAAUAUAAAGAAAAACUAAUUGAAUUACAAGAAGCCAUCCGAUGGUCGGAAUUGAUUAAAGCGACCAAAACUGAAGGCGAAAAAAAGUCGGCCAUUUGGAAGUUUGGACGUAAUUGGACGGGCGGUUUUAGUAAUCUAUUCAGUACGCAAAGUUCGCCGCCGAAUAAGGACUCGUCGACCGCGUCGUUGUCGCCCCAGAGGACAGCCGUACGAUUCAAUUCGGCUAAUCCGACGGCUGUUACGCCGGCGUUGGACGCCAUGCGAAAGCGAGCCCGGGCUCAACAAGCGGCCAGUGGCGGCCCUGGAAGCGAACUACUGUUGCUAAUGGACUCGGAUUUGACCAGCGAACGGGCCCGAGCGUUGCGCAGUGUCCGGGCUCAUGUCAACCGAACGGGUAGUGGCGAUAGAAUUCAGGCAUACGGCUGGAGUAUUACCGGAACUGGCAACGGCGAUGGCCAGUCCGGCGAACGUAUGGUCAACAGUGCUAUCAAAGGCACGUCGGUUCCGGUUCCCAUCUAUUGUCGGCCGUUGAGCGGCGACGAUGUCGGUAUGAAAAUAUGGUGCGCCUGUGCUGUCGAUCUGACCGGUGGCGAAGCCGGCUUUCCCAGUGAUAAAAUCGAAAGCUCGGCACAACAAACGGAUCAACAAUCAGCUGCUAAACAACAACAACAACAGACCACCGCUGAAACCCCGCCGGCGAAAGACUCGAACAAUGCAUUGGCCGACUUGGAGACCGAAUUGUCUCAAGCGUUAAGCGAACAAACAAGCCGUUCGCUUGACAGCCAAUUGUCGACAUUUGUCUGGAUCUGUAGUGUUAGUCAUUCCAAAAGUAAAGUCACUAUUGUCAACAUCCGGAGCAAUCCGGGAGAAGUGUUGGACUCGUUUAAUGUUAAAACACAUUUACUAUGUAUAUCGUCGAUACCGGGAGCUAAAGUCGACGACAUUCACGGCUCGGAUGGUAUCGAUGCCGACGGCAAUGCAAUCAGAUUAGUCGAAAGACAAGAGUUGAUCACUCAAAGUGAUGGAAGUAAGUCAUCGACAACAACAACGACGACAUCGACAACCGAUAAGAAAGAAGUGGACAUCUUAUACGAAGCUAAACGUAUGGACGAGUCAGCCUAUCGGGACAUAGCUAUCGAAGCCACCGAAAAGGGAUCGACAACGUUGGAUAAACUAUCCGAAUAUGUGGCCUAUACUGAGCCCCCAUCACCCACCAGUACUUCCGAUGACAUAUCGACUACGAGUUCUAUAUUUCAACCUAUGUCUACAUGUUUGCCGACAAUGUGGACGGGAGGACAGGACGGAAAUCUAUACAUUCAUUCGAGUAUUGCUCAGUGGUCCCAUUGUAUUGCUAAAGUAAAACUAUCAGACUCUGUACUACAAAUAGUUCAUACAAAAGGCCGGGUAUUUGUGGCCUUAGCUAACGGCCAGUGCUGUGUAUUUGUACGGUCGAUGGUUACCGGCGAAUGGGAUUUUACCGCCUACUAUGUCAUCGAUAUUGGAGUCGUAUUUAAUUUAGUGAACACUUCUACUACUAGUACUACUACUACUACUACUUCAGAUUCAACGAAUUCAAAGUCUAAUACUAUGACAAAUAUGUCGUCGUCGUCAUCGUCAGCGACCAUUACCACCACAACGACCGCAUUGUACAGCAUUCGGUGUAUUGAGACAACAAAAGAUAUGGUUUGGUUAGGCUAUAGAAAUCUGGUAUUCAUAUUGAAUACGAAAACCCUUCAAUUGGUUCACUGGUUUGCUGUUCAUCCGCGCAAAGAUACCCAAACACGUCAGAUGACGGCAUUGGGCGACGGCGUAUGGGUUAGCCUCAGAUUGGAUUCAACAUUGAAGUUGUAUUCAAAUUUGAAACCCUAUCAACAUCUGCAAGACGUCGACAUCGAACCGUAUGUCUCGAAAAUGUUGAGUCCGAAAGCGUUCAGUUUUAUACGUAUUACGGCACUGAAGGCCAGUAAUCAUCGUAUUUGGAUCGGAACGGCUAAUGGAGUCAUACUAAGCAUUCCGUGCGGCGGCGGUAGUGCUCACAAAGAUACCGUCGCUGGUGGUGGUGGUGGCUCAGGCGGUAGCAGCAGUCAGAGUAGUCCACCGCCAGCUAUUGUCUCGUCAUCAUCCAGCGGACGGCUAGCAAUGUCGACGUUUGUUCCCAUUUGUAACUUAAGCACAACUCAGCUAUCGUUUCACGGCCACAAAGAUGCCGUCAAAUUUUUUGUCUGCACUAAAAAUUUGAUACUAAGCGGCGGCGAAGGCUAUAUUGAUUUUCGACUUAACGGUGACGACGAUUCGUCGUCGACGUCGACAUCGACAUCGCUGUCCAAAGGGGACAGAUCUCACCUAAUAGUCUGGGAAUUGAGUCCAUAAGACACACACACACACACAUACAUACAUACAGUUUGAACACAAAUGUAUUGACUGUUUGUCUGUCUGUGUUAUAAAUGACUGAUACUUUUUUUUAGUGAUAUAUUAUUAUAAUUAAAAAAU